CCGAUCUUAUAUGCAUAAGGCCUUCAUCCUAUUAGUUGCCUGACCUGGCUGGGAGGCGAGACGGGUUGUAAUAUAAAGGGGACGGUAACGCCUUAAAGGACCUAAAAGAAAUCUAAAUUCUAAUCUUCCAUUUCUUCACUUUUUCAAAGUUCAACUAAAGCUCACUACCUUGACAAGAGACCAGAGUGAGGUAAUAAUGGAACUGUCUAACUCUUCAACGGGCAAUAGCCCAGUUGAGAAAUUCUUGCAUAUCCCAUAUGACCAGAGAUGGGAGUAUCUUAGACCUGUCAUCAUUCGUAUGUACUUGGAGGAGAAUAGCACGAUGAAGCGCCUCUCGCAGCGGAUGAAGGAUGAGUAUGGCUUUAAUGCCCAAGCCGGCCAAUAUCAAUCUCACUUUAGAAAAUGGAAGAUUAAGAAAAGGAUAACGACUAAAGAGAAGAACGUCAUUAUCAGCGCUCUAGGAAAACGUAUCCGGAAAGAUGGAGUUAGCAGCUCCAACGUAACCAUCAAUCAAGGUCAAGGUGACUUUGCAAAGAGUGUGGACAAAAAGCAGCUCAAGCGGUAUAUUAACCAGGAUAUUCGCCAAAGCGAGCCGUUGACCUUGAAUCCCGGAAUAUUCUUUCGGCACAACCUUCCGUACGCCGCAUUAAUUCACAGCCUUGGCGGACAUGACGCCUAUUCUCCGGCCACGUCAACUCCCCAUUCUCUGGAUUUUACUAUAAAUAGUCCACCAGAAGCAGCAUCCCCUUCCAGUCCUAAAAAUGCUUUGUCUCCAACUAUGCAGCAAGUCCAACAGAGUAUACUAUUUAAUCGAGCCCGCCUCUUUUUAGAGGGCCGAGAUCGAGACCUAAUCACACAGCUAACAGCAGAUGAACGAAAACCCUUAGCAAUAUGGCUUCAUGACUUUUGGAUAUAUUCCUUCAUGACUGUCAAGUACUGGGGUAGGGGACCAGAGACGUGGGAUCAGCGGCUUAUUAACUUCAAGUCGUUUGCUGGGGUGGUUCCUCCAUCCCCUGUGUAUCCCUCCCUUGAUCAAGAAGCCGGACUAUCAUCUAGAUCUCAUUCGAUUCCCGACAGCCCGACACAGCUCUGUCGAUGGAGCAUACACUACAAACCACCAGCCUAUGAAUCUCUCCCUUCUCCGCCAGCAGAAAUCCAUAGGUCCGAAGAUCAAUUUGAUAUUGAUGACGAGUCUACGUGGACUAAGUGGCCAACCAAUGGCUCCAAUCGAGAUCUCACAAGCACACUAGCUCAGGGACUUCAAGAGAACCAAUUUAGUUCAGUUGAAACCAGUGAACUCCCAUUCGCUACACAUUCAGUUGUGAAGGCCGCAGAGAAGUCGACGGAUGAAUUGAAGGCAGAGGCAUUCGGUUUUGCUAUCAUGUCACGUAACAUUGAUGUUAUCGUAGACAUCAUUGAUGAUUAUAAGGAUUCACUUCCAGUCUGGUUUUCAACGAUAUUUCCAUUUCACCUCGCAGCGAGAUUUUUGGAUGGUUAUAAGGCUUGCUGCAUGAUAAUGGAUACACUGGUAGGACGUGUUGACGAAUCAGGUUCUAUUGGUGCCAAAUACACUGAUGAUAACGGAUAUACUGUACUGGACAUACUCUUUACGACCAUCAUAAGAUCACACAGCAAAGCCCCGCUUGAUCUUCUGGGUGAUGUAUCUGCCGGCCAAUCUCGGUAUGCUGGACAGGAGGUCGACCCUUGUGGUAGAUGGGAUGUGGAUUCAUCUUGCGUCCGCCGGCUUUACGCCCACGGAAGCUCAACGAUCCCACAUGAGUGGAAGCAUAUGUUCUGUCACACAUCAGUACAGGCUAUAUGCCAUUGCAUUUCUUCUAUGUUCACCGCCCCCUGGCGUCCCAAUAUCGAUACGCCGAGUGGAAUAUUUACAACGCGAUGCAGUUGUUGUGGGCUAGAGUUAAAGGUUGGACCACUUCAUGCUCUGGUGUUGACAGCAUUAUUCUUGGCAAAUCAUGGGAUGCCUGGAGAGAAUCUUUUUGGCAUGAUAUCUUGUCUUGUCUGUUUGUUGACUCAUGAUGCCGACCCCAGUAUUACCGGAGAAGUAUCAAUUACUCAGCUACUUGGAUAUGGAUCGGAAGAUGAGUGUCAACAUUCACGCAUAACCCCCGCAGAACUAGCAUCACAAAUCUAUUGCGAACGGUCGAGUUCGUGGACCCAUGACGUUAAACGUGGGUGGGAAAUUUUGCUUUCUAUACUGCGGCUAUACUUCACUAAGGAUCAGCAUCGAAGUACACUACCUAGUAUGAGCGAUACAGGGGUGGAUCAUAUUUCAGAUAACGACUCAUCCGAUGGUAUGGCCUUCAAGUCUGACGAUUCCAGCCACUGUCAACAUGGAGUUCAUGAAAUUAAGCCCUAUGUGAACUACGAAUUAGUGCAUUGUGGGGAUCGACGGUUGGGCCAUAUAUGGGCAGCUAUACAAGCAGAACUGGUGACCUAUCGCCGUCUCGGCGAAGACGACGGGUGGCUAUCUCCUAACUUUGAUAUGGAGAAACUACGAAAAGGAUUGGAGGAUAAUGAUGAAGGACUUCUCCGUGAGUUUGCUAACAACCCAGAUGGCGUGACUGGAGAGAGUAAGUUGAAGGGGUAUUCGCAUUGUGGGCUCUUCGAUGCGGAAAAUCCAUUUUGUGCUACAAGGGAGGAAGUAUGCACAUCGUAUUAUGCUAAUCUCGAUGACUGGAAACGUACUAAUUUUAUAGGAGUACCGGGAUUUUACGAGAAUUACGAUUGGUAGAUGCGUUUCCGAUGCUAAGGAACAGCAUUCUAGGUUCUCAGAUGUUUUGUCUCAAUGUUGCCUCAAUAGAUUUAUUUUUGAAAAGUUCUAUGAUCCACUGUCCUCUGUCUUCCUCUAUUUUACGGUUGGAGGGAACGCCUCUGGA